GGCGCGCAACAGGAGCGUCAGUCGCGCUGGAUGGAUUCACUGAGUCAGAAUCUCUUCAGUUGAACUUUAUCAAUGUUCGCGUCCGGACUGAGAAGAUUCAUUGCGCGCGUUUACAAUCAGAAACGGUUCGUGUUCAGAGUUUAAUAAUGAUGCUGACAGGAGUUGUGUUUGUGGUUUUAAUGUGUUUGUGCGGUGUGUGUGACGCGGGAUGUGCGAACAGAGCGUCACCCUCGUGCUGCCCGGGACGCAAUAACGAAUGCGUAGAGUUUAGCGCGAGAAGAUCCGUGUGUUACUGCGACGCUUACUGUAAGAGAACCGGAGACUGCUGCGAGGACUACAACACAAUCUGCCACAUAUCAGCAGCUGUAGAUUGUGAAGUGAGGCAGUGGGGUCUGUGGUCUCCAUGUUCAUCUAUCUGUGGGGAGGGAACAACGGAGCGAAGUCGACAGGUAAAGACACCACCGCGUAACGGAGGCAAGCCGUGUCCGGACCUGAAGCAGCGCAGGGGCUGUCUCGCACAUUCUGACACCUGCGGUACAGCUAAAGAGGUGGCCAAAAUCCUGCCUGACUCAUUCAGGCGGAACUUUAAGGACCCUUGGAGACGUCCACACAUGCUUAUGAAGCAGGAGAAAAAGAGUUAUUGUGUGAACAUGCGCGUGAAGCAGGCGAGCUUAGGAUGUAAGCUGAAAAUGUGGAGUGCUAAGCUGGUCUAUGAACGUUCAAUAUGUGUAGAGUGCCAGAGCGAUGCCAUGGCGACCGACAACCGCUGCCUUGGAGACGGCCUGAAGAACACCAGAACUUUCUGGUCGGCUGCAUCAGCACCUGGUUGCUCUGGGUCAUGGGUUCGAGAAUCCUCCACCGAAAACUGCCAAUGUCCACCUUAUUCUUUGCUUUUCGUCUGAACUAUGUUCACUUUCAAAGCCUUUCCACAAGGUUUGGGAUUGAUCCGAGGAGUCUUGGAGCGCCUCUUACUUUUGAAGCCAAAUUCUGUCCGUAAAAAGCUACUCUACAGCACAUCUGUCAACCCUUUGCCCCCACCGAACCAAAACACAAUCACACUUUUCUGAACUUUGCUCUCUACCUCCGAAAUGCACCUGCACCUGUUUUUGAUAAACCCUUGUGUCUUUUAUUACAGACUUUUCUCAUUUCAUAAGUACUGUAUUUUUAUACAUUUGAAUGUAACUUCUGUGUGUAAGUUUAUGUUUUUGCACGCGUGUAGAUUAAUGUAUCUGCAGUAUGUUUGUGUGUUUUAGUAGCUGAAUGGAAGGCUAUUGUACAUGAAUGUUUCUUGUAUUGCAUUUCUGGAGAUCUUAGGCUUUUUACUUCGUAGUUUUCAUUUAAAUUUUGACGAAAUCUGGUGUCUCUUGAUUUAUGCAGUGUCUCGAUUAUGAAAUUUUCACGCUAGAGUUUUUGUUGCAAAUGUGACAUCAGAGUUCAGUUCGCUCGGCUGCUUGAAAGUGUGCAAAAAAAAAAAUCUGUGUGAUAAAGUCAUGUGUUUGCAAUCGAUAUGAAAGCAGACUGACCAAACUUAACUAUUAUUAGUCAAAUUUGCCAAUUUCAGUAUAAUGCGUUUCUCUUUGCUGUAGACGUUGCCUUAGGCAAGCAGCUUAAAUUCUCUCUGUGAUCUCUAGCAAUGCAUUAGACGGAAGAAGAGGGGUUAAAUGGAAGCACACAAUGGGACCAGGUGUGUAAAAUUAAACAUUACCAGUGAAGCUUACCUGCUUCGUAGUACUUUUAUUUAUUAUUGCAGCCAAACACAACAUCUCUAAUAUAUAGUGACUGCGCACAUAUACACAUAUUUUAUAACAAGGACUGCACCAAAUAAAUCCUUUAACAGCUUAAAUUUUAUAGAUGCUAUAAUGUAUGAUUUUGUUGCCAUGUUAUAUGUGAUUGUAUCUAUUAAUUAAACAGUCAUAUCUUUCAA